GAGGGUGGAAAAAAAGCAGAGGAACUACUCCUGUUUACAACAACACAAUGGAGCCAAAACGGCCGAAUACCGUCUGCAACCGCCUAUUACUGACUGGAUUUACGCUAUGUGUUGUAUUAGUCACAAAACCCACUUCUGCGAUCGACAUAUACGCCGAUGGUGAGGUGGUAAUGCAGAACGGCACCUCGGGGAUCCUCCGCUGCACCUUCAAGUCCAGCGAAGUGGUCAGCAGCUCCACCUCAGUGACCUGGAGCUUUCAGUCGAGUCAGCCAGACCACCAGUUCUUCAAAGCACCGUACGUGAUUUUCUACUUUGUACAUGGGACAGCAUUCCCGGCACAGAACAUGUUCAAAGAAAGGGUGCAGUUUAUUGGCGACGUCAACAAGAGGGACGUCUCGAUCCAGCUGAGUCCGGCUCAGUUCAGUGACAACGGUACCUUCUUCUGCGACGUGAAGAACCCACCGGAUGUAACAGGAACUCCAGCUCGAACGGAACUCAGGGUCGUUCUGAAAGAGUCUCUCCCUCAGAGCAACACCACGGUUAUAGCGGCGGCAGUCUGUGGAUCCCUGUUUCUGCUCAUCCUCAUCGCUGUCGGCGCCUGCGUCGUCAUGAAGGUGCUGCACAGCCGCCACGACUACGAAGGAUGUACGACCUUGGAAAGCAUGAGCACUCAGGCUCCGCAGGCACGAAAGAAGGUGGAGUCUGGUCUGGAGGGCUCCAAGAGCACCGUCCCCCUGGGUCCACUACAGGGCCCGGUGAUAUACGCACAGUUGGAUCACUCAGGCAGCAAAAACUCCUUCCAUAAGAUGGAGCCCGUGGUCUACGCUGACAUACGUAAAAACUGAAGAGGAGCGGGGGACCGUGAAAGAAAAACAAACAAAAAAAGAUGAAAAAAAUAACAGUCAAGUAUCAGACCUCUUUAUCAGCUGCUCUUGGGUAGGGAGGGAUUAUUUCAACAGGGACAUAAUCGGUGCAGUUUGUUUUUUUAGUUUUUUUUGUAAAUCUCAUCCUCUGAAAGCAUACCGCUGUUACGACCCCUCCGCGCGCUUCAGUUUAAAAGACAAAAAAGAGAAAAAAACACUACAGCGCUCCAUCGCGUCUGCCUUUAAAUUGUUUCCAACACAGGGAUCAAAGUUAAAAGAAGCAUUAAUAUUCUGUAUUUAUCAUUCCAACAUGUUAAAAAAAGAUGUUGUUUCGAUAACUGUAGCUGUGUGCUUAAAAAUAGAACAACAGGUUCCGCGGGCUGUUGCACCAGCUGAACACAAGUCAGAUCACCAUCAAAGCUCCAGUCGUGACGGAAAAGUACAGCCAAUGGAAACGUUUUCCCCGAAUACUGAAGGAGAAAACACGUGAUCCUGCGAGUGUUACAGUGCCUAAAUGUGAUAGAUAAUAAUGACAUCAGGUUCUGUUUUUGGCUGCGUUUUGUCUGUAUUUGUGAAAUGCAGCGUUAACCCAAAAAGAAAAAAAGAAGCUGCAGUUUUAACAGGGUUCCCGCAGGUCCUUGAAAUCCUCAAAAAGCCCUCGGAAGGUUUUGAAAAAUGCCCUGAGUAGACAUGGGUCAUUGAAAGUGCUUGAUAUUUGAUAUUUAGAUAAAUGUCUCCCUUGUUUGUCACGACGCCACCUACUGUUUCAUGCCCUGCACUGCCUCAUGUACAUAGACGAGACACAUGAGGAUCAAACGAGUCAAAAGAGUCGUGAUGCCUGGGAAAUGAAAAUUCCAACAUCUCUGUCUCACCAAAUAAAAAUGACAAAGACUGAUUUUGCUCAAGAUCCCAAGGACAAUCACUUGUCCACAUGCAUAGCGUGCUGCAAAUCAAUAAAAGUGGACACCAUAAUGGGCGAAGACGCUCUUACAAGUUGCCCUCCCAUCUUGAGCUGUGUCAGGACUUUCUGUCCCUGAAUUUGCGGUAAUUUGUCCUGGAAAGUCCUUGAAUUUGAUGUCAACCAAGGUGUGGGAACCCUGUUUAAACUGAAAUCUCAACAAAUGUCUUCCCUCCGUAAUGCUGCACAGUGACAGAUUUUACUGUAUGUCAAUCCUCCAAUGUCCCUGCAAGAAGACAUUAGAAAACUAUCACAACAACAAGUCUGAAACUGUUAAAUUAGAGUCAAAACCUGCAUAGUUCUGCUUUAAAAGACGGAUCGACAACAUGCAAAAUAUCCUCAGCUUUAAGAGUCUUAUGCUUCAUAAACGUAGGUUUUGUCACUUUUACUAACAGGCGCUGUUUCACAGAGGAUCAAAUGUUUUGUCGUUCAGAUGUUUCUAAAAGAACGAAACCAAACAUCGGGCGUACUUUGAUGUUCACGCCUCUUCAUAAACUUAAACCAAAUCCUUCUAUGAUUGAACCAUUUUUUUGUGUGAAACUGACAUUUUGUCCAGAGCAAACGGGAGAGAUAACCACUAUUUCUAAUGUAUCCUGUCACAUGUGAAGUAGCGUCUAUGAUCAUUGUCGAUUCUGUACUGAUAUCGUCAUCAAAAUCUCUGACGCCAACGAAAUGUUGGCGGCAGCAGAACAAAAAAACUCCCCUAUGCCAAGUAUCGCAUGUUGGUGCUAUAAAUGUUAGUCGGUGUAGUUAAGAACAAAGUGCUACUGUUGUAAAUAUGAAAGAAAAGUUACUUCGUUGACUUUAAUAUGAUAUCUUCUUGUCUUUCUAACCUGUUCCCGCCCUGACGACGCGUAGUAACAACUGACCAAAGCCGAGCAGACGGCGUUCAUGUUUGUUGUCAUUGGGGCUGCAACCAGUGGUUAUUGUCAGUGUUGAUCGUUUAAUGAAUAAUUUAAUGAGUUUUUCUGUCGCAGAGAAACCAGAAAAUACUCACAUUUAAGAAGCUGAAAUCUUAGUUAAUAUAACUGUCAUUAACUUAAUCUGUUAAUCACUUUCACUCUAGCUUUUAUACAUCUGUUGCCUUGGAGAAAAUAAUCUGCUUUUAAAUUUAACUUAUUGAUAAAGUUUGAACUGGUUGAUGGCGCUUUUCCACUUCACAGUUCCGGCUCGACUGGGCACGUUUAUUGUUUUGUUUGCUUUUCCAUCAGUGAUGGUACCUGGUACCUGAGCCGAUCCUAAAAUGUGCCGUCGUCACUGGAAGAGUCAUGAGCGCGACGUCUGACACGAGAAUCAAAGAGAAACAAUGCAGAACUGUAGAUCGCUUAAAAAGAGUGAAACAUCCUUGAAAACAUUAAGCGUUAAUCUCCACCAUCAGUAAUUGAGUAUUUUUUGAAAUGUUAUCGUCAGUCACUGAUUGAUUCAUUGUUGCAGUCCUAUUUCUGACAGCUGACAAUCAAACAUGUUAUUUUUACUCACGCUAGAGAACACGGCUCACGCUCGGACGUGAAAAAACUAUUCCUUAAUCGGUUUUGUGCAGCGAGAAAUUCAAGAUGAGCGAAGACGUGAAGGCUCGGCCGACACCGCAGUCAUCCACAGCAUGUAAACAAACAAGAGUGUGUGCGUGAAGUCGUGGCGUCGCCGUCGUCGUCGUGGUCGUAAACUCGCAGCUGGUGCAACAGUUGAGCUGAAGCCACCGUUCACUUCAGUGACAUCGUGACUUUGUUCAGUUUGGGGGCAGAUAGCGCCACGCGGUGACGUUGCAUGCAUGUAAAUGUUAAAACAGCUAAACGUGGUACUCACGGUGUUACUGUGAAAGCUUCAGUCGUCUGUAAACAUGUCGCUAUGGUACCGUUGAAAAAUGAAAAAGACACUGCCUCCUCCUAUGACUUUUGCUUUUCACCUCAGCUCAACAUGUUUAUUUUUAAAUCAUCUUUCGUUGCUCUUUGUGUCUAACCCUUCAUUUUUUUUCAUUUUUUUUUAAAAAGGGCAAAUGAAGUCUGACAAAAAAGGUUUGCUGCUCAAACAUCAAUAAUAACCUGUGCUGCAGUUUUUUUUGUGUAAGAUAAAAUGUGUACCUGAGGUGAAACGAUACACUAUUUGCAUGCAAUUUACUAACAGAACAGUCGUUAUUAUGAGAAUAUCCAUCGUUUUAUUUCAUCUACAUAUUAUGUAAAGCUCUUUUCUUUUAAUUACUUUUAAAACUAAUGGGCCAAAUAUCUUAAUAUCAGCAGUCAUGUUAGGUUUCAGUUGUGUUCACAUGCUUUAAAGCUUUAAAACACAUUCCAAAUUAGUUUUUUUAUACUUUGUGUUAAAGCGUUCAAAAGCCAAAUUUGUAUUUUUUAGUUUUAGUUUUUUUUUUUUUGGGUUUGGUGAAUUAUGAGAACAACGUUUGUGUUGCGACCAAGUCUUAAAGCUUCAGCUUGUGAUUCCAAUAAUGCAGUAAACCAGUAUGUGUAUAUAUAUUUUUAGCUCGUGUAAGAUAUAGUGCUGUUUACUGUAACUCAUUCCAGUGUGGUGUGGCUGCGGGGGGAACGUCGCCUCCAGCAGGUGGCGUACUGCGCGUUUCCUGCGCUUCAGUCUUAAAGGACACUUUCAGCGGAUGCAGUGCCUGUGCGAAGAGUCCGUCGGGUUAAAAAUGGCUUGAAUUAAACAUUAUUUAGUCAACAGUACGAUCAGAAAAUUCAUAUUUAAAAGAUCCGACAAACAUAUUUAAGAACACAUCCACAGUGAAGAACUUUGUCGGAGAUGAUGUAGAUUUGUAAAUGAGGGCUGCGACUAAACAUUCAUUUUUAAUCCAAAACUUUUUAUUUUACUGUUACAGAGGAGCAAAGAAACAUUUUUAAAACCCGAAAAUCGCAGAAAAUCACAAAUUCAUCAAUGAAUUAUCACAUAAUUUGAAGUAGUGUUUGAUUAUUAGUUGCUAAAUUGUCGCAGCUCUUCAGUAAACCUGCCUUCAGUGGAUUUGUAUACACUCCUGUGCUCAAUAAGCUAAAAGUCUGUAACCAUAGCGACUGUAAACACUCCCGAACGCACAGUCGAUGGGUUAAAUGGAGCUUUAAUGUCUUUGAUCGGCGCGGAAAUGUCCGUCAACGAACAAAAACACACUAACAUUACAACAAAACAAGGUGACUUAAAAACAACUUGUGCCUAAAUUGACAAAUUAUAAACAAAAUCCAUCGUAGUUUGAUCAACACGUGCCUAAUAAACAUGCUAGCAUGAGCUGAUAAAUCAGCUAAAACUAGUUACGUUAAAACCUGUCUGACUUUUUAUUGCAUUGUAAACUUUUGCGAAAUUUAAAGGAUAGAGGAUAGAGUUCACGAUGUUUUUUUAAUCUGCGAUGUCAAGAAUGAAAUAUUUUUUAAAAAAUCUCCCCCAGUACCUGUACCCCAGUGGCAGUUUACGAAAUAUGAAACACAACCAAGCGCCUUUAAAUUCAGCAUGCUAGCAUGUUAGCAUUAAUAUACUGCAGAUGAACAACUGUAGACGACAAGAGGAAAUGUUGAGUCAGCAUAUUUUUUUUUUAAAUUAGCAUACAAACAUUGACUUACAUACACUUUCUGACUAAUACUGUACAUAAAUAAAUACUAUUUAAGCGCUCAGAAAUCAUGAAUCGCGUCAUAUUGUGUGGUUCGUCCUUUUCGGGGACUAUGAAUGUUUGUACCGAACCAUGUUUUUAGCGCCAUCUCGUGUGUGUGUGUGUAUAAAUAGCAUGUAUAUCUUCAGCUUCUGGACAUUUAUUUUCCUCUCAUUUUCCAUUUUUAAACUUGUCUGUACAAAUAAUAAUCCUUGUAUUUAUGCUCUAACUUAUUCACGUGGUCUCCGCGUCGAGGCUCAAUCCUUUGAAAACACUCUUUAUGUAUUUGUUCGUAAACAUUCGGACUAAAGAAAACGUUGAUUCGGUUUCAUUUUGACUCGACUGUGGCUUUGACUCUCGCUCAUGCAGGCACUGUGUCGUCUUCCAUUCGUGUCCUCUCUCUCUCUCUCUUUUAACGUUGUUUUAUUUGCUAGCAUGCGUCUCUUUCUGGCGCCUUCACCCGGAACGAUCCUGUAUGAUACCGAUAAAACAGUUACUGCUGGUCACUCUGCUCGUGUUUAGUGCUGUUUGUAGAAAUUGUGAUGUAAACUAUAAAUUAUCGACAGUUUUUUUCUCCUCCCAGUUUUAACCGAGCUUGCGCGCCAACAAGUGCUCGGUGAUUCGGUGGCAAACGCACCAGAUGUUCGCUCGCAGUGAGUCUUAAAGUCUUAAAGUGCGUACUUAGUGUUUUUUCCGAUGGUAAAUAGUCAGUGUGUUGUUUGAGAAUUGUUUGUUUAUGUUAUGUUGUAAAAAGAAAAAAAAACCUGCACUAUGUCUUGUGUAUCAAAGACAACGAAUGCCCUGUGAUUUUUUUUGUUUGUUUUAUUUUACGUUCAUCUCUGUCUGACCUUGGCCGCUGUUUAACGUCCUUAAAACUGGAAUGUUGUACAUUUAGUGCCUUUUACAUUUCAUCAGCUAACUUGAACAUCUGCUCAAAAUAGAAAAUAAGAUAAGAUUCAUUUAUUUUACUUUUAUUGUAUGUAUUUUUUUAUACACAUAAUAUCGCCUCUGUAUCCACUGUUCAAAUUUUAUAUAAAACCUAUUCCUGGCCAAAUA